GGAAGAGGAGGAGGAGAAGCGAGGGAGGAAGAGGAGGAGGAGGAAGAGGAGGAGAAGGUGGUAGUGGUGGCAGUGGAGGUGGCUGUGCUUUUCCUGCUGGCUGCUCCUUCUGCUGGGGGGAGUGAGCGCGGUGGCUUAAUUAAUUUCGUGUAGUUCUAUGAAGAGAAGAGAAAAUGAAAGAUGAGUGAGAAGAGAGCUGGAGGCUUAGGACGGAUGCUCCGAGUGUGGGGACAGGAGUAGGGACAGAGGGGGGCGGAGGGCGGGAGGCCGGAGACCUGAGCCGAGAGCCAGAGGGAGCGAGCGAGGGUCAGAGGAGGGAGAGCUCCGUGCGAACGGCCCCGACCUGAGCGGGUUGACCUCUUUCUUUCUCUGUCCCUCUCCUUCCUUUCCCCCUUCUGUCUGCCUGUCCCCCGCCCGAUGGCAAAGCCGUGCGGAUUGGCACCCCCCCUCUUCCUCAGGUAUUUGGCUCGCUCGCUCUCUCUCUCUCUCUCUCUCUCUCUCUGCCCGAAGUUGGGAUGCGGGGUCGGGAUGUGUCGGGGGGUGGCUGCUGCAGCUGCUGGUGCCGGUGCUGCUGGUGAACAGAGAGGCGAGGAGCGGGGGGCACCGGCCGGGUGGGGGGCGCAGGUUCAGGAGCGGCUGAGGAGCUGUCUCCAGGCUGGAGGUUCAGAAGCGUCUGGUGGAGGAGGACAACGGUUUCUGGAGAGGAGAAGCCAUUACACACGCUUGGCUCUCCUCUGAGGAAGGGAGAAAGGAAGGCAGGGGCCUGGGGGGGCGUCUCACUCCUGGUGCAGUUCCCAGGGGUCUGCCCUCCUUCCAGGCACGAGGGGAAGCCGCAGCCGCCCCCCAUUGGAGCAGCCCCUCUUUCCCUUUCUUUAUCUCCCUGUCCUCCAUUUGCAAGCUGUCUGCUUUGGUUCCAGUCCAGACUCCAAAACACAAAGCUCCUUCUCACGUUCAUUCUCCAGGCUGUUCACCAUUCCUGAAGGAACCCUCGUUUUCUUUUCAUUGUGGCUUCUAACCUACAGAGAGGGAGGGAGGGAGGCUGCCUGGAGUUCCUUUUAUAUUCCUCCCCAACCAAGAAAAAAAAAAAGUUUCAUUUUUAAGCACGCGUCUGGGAUGGGGAAAGACCAACCAGUUGGGGCUUUCUCCCAGGGCUCCCGGGGGCUGUGUCUGAGUGUCUGUGUUGGCUGUUUGGUUUGCUUUGGUUUUGUUUCUGGAGGUUGCUUGCAGGUUUUUGGAGGAAGUGACUAGUUUGGUUAAGAGCUGGGAACUGAGUCAGGUAAGCCGUGUCAUGUUGUAACUCCACCAGAAAAUGGAGGAGAGCGGGUUUCCAGGAGACAAAGCUGAGAUGAGAAGUGUUUAUAAAAUUAUGGAUGUCUCCAUUUUGAAGCUCUGUUGGUGAUGGCUGGAGGAGGAGGAGGCUUGCUUGCCUACUCCUUCUCUCUUUCCAGAGGGAAACCUUGUGGUGGUUCCACACUGUCUAUUCAUUAUGCAAGGAAAUGAGGGCUUUUAAGGGUUCCUCAGAUUUUUCUCCACCAAAGAGUGCUUUCACGAGUUAUUGAGGCGUUUGUUUCCAUUUUAAAGUAAACUUUUGGAAUUUUUUUCUCCUUUUGAGUGGACCUGAAGGGUUUUGACCUCCUUCAGGAAAGGCAAGGCAAAAACCUUAAAACAGUUCCACUGAGGUCUUCACACAACUUUAAGCUGCUCCAGGUCUCCUGAAAGUCACCAGGAAAUGUGAUUUCCUCCUUGUGAAGAUGGUGAUGGCCCUAAGCUGAGAUUUUUUUGAGUUCUAGGGUUUGGUUAUCAUCAUGUUUUGAUGCAUUGCAAGACUUUAUUGUCUGAUUUGAGUUGAUUUCUGCAAAUAUAAAAAAUAAUAAGAAUAAUCCUGCAAGAUCUCAGAGGAACUCUAAGACUGGCUAACAGCAGUUUCUCCAGGUUCUCCAUUUCUCUUCAGGUUGUUCCAUUUGUAUGUUAGGCCUUCUUUCAGUUUCUUUGUUUCCCCUUUCCCUUUCCGUCGGCUAUUUUUUUUCGUGUUCUGAAGUACUCUUAAGUCUUCAGAAAUAUCAGUAUGUCUUCUUAACAAUGUCGCUAUGGAAACAAAUUUUAAAAACAUGAUGUCAGUUGAGAAAACCUUACGUCCAGGUAUCUUCACCUUUUUAAUUGGGAGGAAUUUAUUAAUCAUGUAGGAAGACAUUUUGUGAGGAUAAUUUGAAAAAAGGACCCAGUGCUACCCUAGUCCACACACAUUGAUGGGAGCUCUUCAGAUAUUAGUUUUAGAGAAUGUACAUAAUUGACUCAAGCAAAGAACUAAAUCCCGAAAUGCUUCAGGAGUUUUUAAAAGCCAGCCAUGAAGAUGUUGCUUUUCCAUUAGGUGAGGUAGCCAUCUUGAGGAUGAGGGAAGAUGUUGGAAGAAUUUUAGAUGAACUGUUGAAGAUAGGUGAGGAGGGCUCCACGGUGGAAUGAAAACUUGGAGGAGAUUCAGAACCAGUUAAUAUAUUCUAAGGAGGCUAAUUGGACCUUGCUUUCAACUAAGAAGAAAUAUAGAAAGGUACCAGCUUCAACAGAAAUAAGGAACACAUUGGUUCCUAAUGUGAGAGGGUAGACCCAGAUCAUGGAGGUGCUUCAGUGUGAUGGCUGUGAUUUCAGAGCCCCGUCUUAUGAAGAUCUCAAGGCACACAUUCAGGAUGUCCACACGGCAUUUCUGCAGCCAACUGAUGUUGCUGAGGACAAUGUGAAUGAGCCACGAUGUGGGUCCAUGAAUGCCAGUAAUCAGACAGAGGUGGAGUUUUCUUCUAUAAAGGAUGAAUUUGCCAUUGCAGAAGAUUUAUCAGGUCAAAAUGCAACUGCAUUGGGGACCGGAGGUUACUAUGGCCACAGUCCAGGAUAUUAUGGUCAGCAUAUUGCCGCUAAUCCCAAACCAACAAACAAGUUUUUUCAAUGCAAGUUCUGUGUACGCUACUUCAGGUCAAAAAACCUCCUCAUAGAACACACUAGAAAGGUCCAUGGAGCUCAAGCUGAAGGGAGUUCAUCAGGACCCCCUGUCCCGGGAUCCUUAAAUUAUAAUAUCAUGAUGCACGAGGGAUUUGGAAAGGUCUUCUCUUGCCAGUUUUGCACAUACAAGUCACCAAGAAGGGCAAGAAUAAUUAAGCAUCAGAAGAUGUAUCACAAAAACAAUUUGAAGGAGACCACUGCUCCCCCACCUGCUCCUGCUCCAAUGCCAGACCCUGUGGUUCCGCCCGUAUCACUGCAGGACCCCUGCAAGGAACUGCCAGCAGAGGUUGUGGAGCGCAGCAUCUUAGAGUCUAUGGUCAAGCCUUUGACCAAAUCUCGAGGCAACUUUUGUUGUGAGUGGUGCAGCUACCAGACCCCCCGCCGAGAACGCUGGUGUGACCACAUGAUGAAGAAACACCGCAGUAUGGUCAAGAUCCUUUCCAGUCUCAGACAGCAACAAGAAGGAACUAAUCUACCUGAUGUGCCGAACAAGAGUGCCCCCAGCCCCACUUCCAACUCCACCUAUCUGACCAUGAAUGCUGCAAGCCGGGAGAUACCCAAUACUACCGUCUCCAACUUCAGGGGCUCCAUGGGCAACUCCAUCAUGAGACCCAAUUCUUCAGCUUCCAAGUUUUCGCCCAUGUCUUACCCUCAGAUGAAGCCGAAGUCACCUCACAAUUCUGGUCUAGUUAACUUGACAGAGAGAUCCCGUUAUGGAAUGACUGACAUGACCAAUUCUUCUGCUGACCUGGAAACUAACAGCAUGCUAAAUGACUCUAGUUCUGAUGAAGAGUUAAAUGAAAUAGAUAGUGAGAAUGGUUUAAGUGCUAUGGAUCACCAGACAUCAGGCCUGUCUGCAGAGCAGCUGAUGGGCUCAGAUGGCAACAAAUUAUUGGAGACCAAGGGGAUUCCAUUUAGAAGAUUCAUGAAUAGGUUCCAGUGCCCCUUUUGUCCUUUCCUCACCAUGCAUCGACGUAGCAUCUCUCGUCACAUAGAAAACAUCCACUUAUCUGGAAAGACAGCUGUCUACAAAUGUGACGAAUGUCCGUUUACUUGCAAGAGCUCGUUGAAACUUGGGGCUCACAAACAGUGUCACACGGGUACAACGUCAGAUUGGGAUGCUGUGAAUUCCCAGAGUGAAAGCAUUUCUUCCUCACUGAAUGAAAGUGUGGUGUCUUAUGAGAGCUCAAGCAUCAAUGGUAGAAAGUCAGGAGUCAUGUUGGAUCCCUUGCAGCAGCAACAGCCACCGCAGCCACCACCACCGCCGCCACCACCACCACCAUCACAGCCACAGCCACUGCAGCAGCCACAGCCACCACAGCUGCAGCCACCACAUCAGGUGCCACCCCAGCCACAAACACAGCCACCACCAACGCAGCAGCCACAGCCACCCACACAAGCCGCACCUCUGCACCCAUACAAAUGCACCAUGUGUAAUUACUCCACCACAACUCUGAAAGGGCUAAGAGUCCAUCAGCAGCAUAAACAUUCAUUCUGUGACAACUUGCCAAAAUUCGAGGGGCAGCCCUCAAGCCUACCAUUGGAAAAUGAGACAGACAGCCACCCCUCUUCCAGCAACACUGUGAAGAAAAGUCAGACCUCAAUUCUUGGGUUGUCCUCCAAGAACAAUUUUGUAGCUAAAGCCUCUAGGAAGCUCGCCAAUGACUUUCCUCUAGAUUUGUCACCCGUGAAGAAGAGAACCAGGAUUGACGAGAUAGCAAGCAACCUUCAGAGCAAAAUUAACCAAACCAAACAGCAGGAAGAUGCAGUGAUCAAUGUUGAGGAUGAUGAAGAGGAAGAGGAAGACAACGAAGUCGAGAUAGAGGUUGAGUUGGACAGGGAGGAAGAACCGACAGAACCCAUCAUAGAGGUUCCCACUUCCUUUUCUGCCCAACAGAUAUGGGUAAGAGAUACCAGUGAGCCCCAGAAAGAGCCCAACUUCAGAAACAUCACCCACGAUUACAAUGCCACCAAUGGGGCUGAGAUUGAGCUCACCCUUUCUGAAGAUGAAGAGGAUUAUUAUGGCUCCUCAACAAACUUGAAAGAUCACCAAGUUUCCAAUACUGCUCUGCUGAAUACCCAAACUCCCAUCUAUGGGACUGAGCACAAUAGUGAAAACACAGACUUUGGUGACUCUGGAAGGCUUUACUAUUGUAAACACUGUGACUUUAACAACAAAUCUGCCCGGAGUGUUAGCACCCACUACCAACGAAUGCACCCAUACAUUAAAUUCAGCUUUAGGUACAUCUUGGACCCCAACGAUCACAGUGCAGUGUACAGGUGCCUGGAAUGCUACAUCGAUUACACCAACUUCGAAGAUCUCCAGCAGCAUUAUGGCGAGCACCACCCAGAAGCCAUGAAUGUACUCAACUUUGAUCACUCGGACCUGAUCUACCGGUGUCGGUUUUGUUCAUACACGAGCCCGAAUGUUAGAAGCCUGAUGCCACAUUACCAAAGAAUGCAUCCCACGGUGAAGAUCAACAACGCGAUGAUAUUUUCAAGCUAUGUCGUGGAGCAGCAGGAAGGGCUGAAUACGGAAUCCCAGACCCUGAGGGAGAUUCUGAAUUCGGCUCCCAAGAACAUGGCGACUUCCACACCUGUGGCUCGUGGUGGUGGUUUGCCAGCUACGUUCAACAAAAACACUCCUAAGACCUUUACUCCUGAAUGUGAAAAUCAGAAGGACCCUUUGGUCAACACUGUUGUUGUUUAUGAUUGUGAUGUUUGUUCGUUUGCAAGCCCCAACAUGCAUUCUGUCUUGGUUCAUUAUCAGAAGAAACACCCCGAAGAAAAGGCUUCCUACUUUAGGAUCCAGAAAACUAUGCGAAUGGUGUCUGUGGACAGGGGCUCUGCCCUUUCUCAAUUAUCAUUUGAGGUGGGUGCUCCAAUGUCUCCCAAAAUGUCCAACAUGGGUUCCCCACCCCCCCCACAACCCCCGCCACCAGACCUCAGUACUGAGCUUUACUACUGCAAACACUGUUCCUACAGCAAUCGGUCAGUUGUGGGAGUGCUUGUCCACUACCAGAAAAGACACCCAGAAAUAAAGGUUACUGCCAAAUAUAUCAGACAGGCUCCUCCCACAGCUGCAAUGAUGAGAGGGGUCGAAGGGCCCCAAGGCUCCCCCCGGCCACCCGCCCCCAUACAACAGCUGAACCGAAGCAGCUCUGAGAGAGAUGGCCCUCCUGUGGAGAAUGAGAUGUUCUUUUGCCAGCACUGUGAUUAUGGGAACCGGACGGUCAAAGGGGUACUCAUUCAUUAUCAGAAGAAGCACCGAGACUUCAAGGCCAACGCAGAUGUGAUCCGGCAGCAUACGGCCACCAUUCGAAGCCUCUGCGACCGAAAUCAGAAGAAGCCUGCCAGCUGUGUGCUUGUCUCCCCCUCUAAUCUGGAGCGGGACAAAACGAAACUCCGAGCACUCAAAUGUAGGCAGUGCUCAUAUACCUCCCCCUACUUCUAUGCACUGAGGAAGCAUAUCAAGAAAGACCACCCUGCCCUGAAAGCCACAGUCACGUCCAUCAUGCGAUGGGCGUUUCUAGAUGGCUUGAUAGAAGCUGGCUACCACUGCGAGUGGUGCAUCUACUCCCAUACAGAGCCCAACGGUUUGCUCCUGCAUUACCAACGGAGGCAUCCAGAACACUAUGUUGAUUACACCUACAUGGCUACUAAACUGUGGGCUGGGCCAGACCCAUCCCCUCCCUCUCUCACAAUGCCAGCCGAAGCCAAAACCUACAGAUGCAGGGACUGUGUUUUCGAAGCUGUCUCCAUCUGGGACAUCACUAAUCACUACCAAGCAUUCCACCCCUGGGCCAUGAAUGGUGAUGAGUCAGUGCUGCUGGACAUCAUCAAGGAGAAAGAUGCUGUGGAGAAGCCCAUUCUUUCAUCAGAAGAGUUGGCAGGCCCUGUGAAUUGUGAGAACAGUAUACCCACCCCUCUCCCGGAGCAGGAAGCUGAAUGUCCAGAGGAUGCAAGACUGUCCCCUGAGAAAAGCCUGCAGCUAGCUUCAGCCAACCCCGCCAUAUCCUCCACCCCAUACCAGUGCACGGUAUGCCAAUCUGAGUAUAACAACUUGCACGGCCUUCUCACUCAUUAUGGGAAGAAGCACCCUGGCAUGAAAGUGAAGGCUGCUGACUUUGCCCAGGACAUUGACAUCAACCCAGGUGCCGUCUACAAAUGCAGGCAUUGCCCAUACAUCAACACCCGCAUCCACGGCGUACUGACCCACUACCAGAAGCGACACCCGUCCAUCAAGGUGACCGCUGAGGACUUUGUGCACGACGUAGAGCAGUCUGCUGACAUAUCCCAGAAUGACGUGGAGGAGACGAGCAGGAUCUUCAAGCAAGGGUAUGGCGCCUACCGGUGCAAACUGUGUCCGUACACACACGGCACUUUGGAGAAACUAAAAAUCCACUACGAGAAGUAUCACAAUCAGCCUGAAUUUGAUGUCUUUUCCCAGUCGCCCCCAAAGCUGCCAGUCCCCCUCGAGCCCGAGAUGACCACUGAAGUGAGCCCUUCCCAAGUCUCCAUCACUGAGGAGGAGGUGGGAGAGGAGCCCGUGUCCACUUCUCACUUCUCUACCUCCCACCUGGUCUCCCACACUGUGUUCCGGUGCCAGCUCUGCAAGUACUUCUGCUCCACGAGAAAGGGGAUCGCCAGGCACUACCGCAUCAAGCACAAUAAUGUCCGAGCCCAGCCAGAAGGCAAGAACAACCUCUUCAAGUGUGCCCUGUGUGCCUACACCAACCCCAUCCGCAAAGGUCUGGCAGCCCACUACCAGAAGCGCCACGACAUUGAUGCGUAUUACACUCACUGCUUGGCAGCCUCCAGGACCAUCAGCGACAAGCCCAACAAAGUGAUCAUCCCAUCUCCGCCCAAGGACGACUCCCCUCAGCUGAGCGAGGAACUCCGGCGGGCAGUGGAGAAGAAAAAGUGCUCCUUGUGCUCUUUCCAGUCGUUCAGCAAGAAGGGCAUCGUGUCCCAUUACAUGAAACGCCACCCAGGGGUGUUCCCAAAGAAGCAGCAUGCCAGCAAGUUAGGGGGCUACUUCACGGCCGUCUAUGCAGAUGAGCAUGAGAAGCCCACGCUGAUGGAAGAAGAGGAGAGAGGCAGCUUUGAGAAAGCCGAGGUGGAGGGUGAAGCUCAGGAAAUCGAGUGGCUCCCGUUCCGCUGCAUCAAAUGCUUCAAGCUGUCCUUUAGCACUGCAGAGCUGCUGUGCAUGCAUUACACUGACCACCACAGUCGGGACCUAAAGAGGGACUUCAUCAUUCUGGGCAACGGCCCCCGCUUGCAGAACUCCACCUACCAGUGUAAGCACUGUGAUAGCAAACUGCAAAGCACAGCCGAGCUGACCUCACACUUGAACAUUCACAAUGAGGAAUUCCAGAAGCGUGCCAAACGUCAGGAGAGGAGGAAACAGCUUUUGAGCAAGCAGAAAUAUGCAGAUGGUGCUUUUGCAGAUUUCAAACAAGAGAGGCCUUUUGGUCACUUAGAAGAGGUGCCAAAGAUCAAGGAGAGGAAAGUGGUGGGCUACAAAUGUAAAUUCUGUGUGGAAGUGCACCCAACGCUCCGAGCCAUCUGCAAUCACCUCCGAAAGCACGUCCAGUAUGGCAAUGUCCCAGCUGUGUCAGCUGCUGUGAAGCAGGAGGCGGAUGACCCUGCCCACUUGUUCCUGGAUGGAUUGGAAGCAGCCAAAGACGCCAGUGGCGCCCUGGUGGGCCGGGUGGAUGGUGAACACUGCUUGCUUGAUGGAAUGUUGGAGGAUGAAACCCGGCCGGGGGGAUACCAUUGCAGUCAAUGUGACAGAGUCCUGAUGUCCAUGCAGGGGCUGCGUUCUCAUGAGAGGAGCCACCUGGCCCUGGCCAUGUUUACCCGCGAGGACAAGUACAGCUGCCAGUAUUGCUCGUUUGUUUCUGCUUUCAGGCACAAUUUGGAUCGCCAUAUGCAAACCCACCACGGACACCAUAAACCAUUCCGAUGCAAACUCUGCUCCUUCAAGUCCUCCUAUAACAGCCGGCUGAAAACACAUAUACUCAAAGCUCAUGCUGGUGAGCAUGCCUACAAGUGUUCUUGGUGCUCAUUCUCCACCAUGACAAUCAGCCAGCUGAAGGAACACUCCCUCAAGGUCCACGGAAAAGCCCUGACCCUCCCCAGGCCACGGAUCGUCAGUCUCCUCUCCUCACACUCCCACCACUCCUCCCAAAAAGCUACCCCGGCUGAAGAAGUGGAAGACUCCAAUGACUCAUCAUAUUCAGAGCCCCCAGAUGUUCAGCAGCAGUUGAACCACUAUCAGUCAGCUGCCCUGGCAAGGAACAACAGCCGUGUUAGCCCUGUGCCUCUUUCUGGGGCUGCUGCUGGCACUGAGCAGAAAACUGAAGCCGUGCUUCACUGCGAAUUCUGUGAAUUCUCCUCCGGCUACAUCCAGAGCAUCAGGCGUCAUUACCGGGACAAGCAUGGUGGGAAGAAGCUUUUCAAGUGCAAAGACUGCUCCUUUUACACAGGCUUUAAAUCUGCUUUUACUAUGCACGUGGAAGCUGGGCACUCAGCGGUUCCCGAGGAGGGCCCCAAAGAUCUUCGCUGUCCUCUCUGCCUCUAUCACACCAAAUACAAGCGCAACAUGAUUGACCACAUCGUGCUGCACCGAGAAGAGCGUGUUGUCCCCAUUGAAGUUUGCCGGUCCAAACUGUCCAAAUACUUGCAGGGAGUAGUUUUCCGCUGUGAUAAGUGUACCUUCACCUGCUCCAGUGAUGAGAGCCUCCAGCAACAUAUAGAAAAGCACAAUGAACUGAAACCUUACAAAUGCCAGCUCUGCUACUAUGAGACCAAGCACACGGAGGAACUGGACAGCCACCUUCGGGAUGAGCAUAAGGUAAGCCGUAACUUUGAGCUGGUUGGACGGGUUAACUUGGAUCAGCUGGAACAGAUGAAGGAGAAAAUGGAGAGCUCCAGCAGCGAUGAUGAGGACAAGGAAGAAGAAAUGAACAGCAAGGCUGAAGACAGAGAGCUGAUGAGAUUUUCUGACCACGGGGCUGCUCUUAACACUGAGAAGCGUUUUCCAUGUGAAUUUUGUGGACGGGCGUUUUCACAGGGCUCUGAGUGGGAAAGACAUGUGCUGAGACACGGCAUGGCAUUGAAUGACACCAAGCAGGUGAGCAGAGAAGAAAUCCACCCAAAAGAGAUCAUGGAGAACAGUGUUAAAAUGCCCUCCAUAGAGGAAAAGGAAGAUGACGAGGCCAUUGGGAUAGACUUUUCCCUAAAGAAUGAAACAGUAGCCAUCUGUGUAGUAACUGCCGACAAAUCUCUCCUGGAGAAUGCAGAGGCCAAAAAAGAAUAAGCGUUUGGUGAAAUUCUUAAUCAAACCUUACUUGAACAGUGAUGAAAAAGUGGGAGGGCUGGCUUGGGCUGAGAAGGGAGGGACAGAAAAGAGAAGACAGAACAAAGCUGCUUUUUAGGACUGAACAAUCUAUUUUCAAAGCACUGGUACCUGUGUGAGUGAGUAUGUAAAUUAAAGUUAUUUAAAUGGUUGGAAUAUGUGGCUCCUUUUCCAUCACUACAUCUUUUCUUCCGGAUCUUCAUCAUGGAAGUUUCAUUUGUUGCGGAAUAUGGAAGCACCUCCCAAGGGUACGGUGCACCCUGUGGUGGUCUUGGACAGUAUGUGGAAACAGAAGCUCCAUGACGGUAGAAGACUUCUCAUUGGGGAGCAACUUUUUGACGCACAACUUUUGGUGCGUUUUUCUAGUUUUAAUACCUUAAGCUUUUUCAAGACCUAACUGCAGCCGCUUUGGGAAAAAAAACAAAAAACAAAAAACAGAAAACAAAAAAAAAAAACUGCUUUGCAUAAAACAGUCACCUGUUUCCUAGUACCUCAAACUUAACCAAGGGAACUCUCUGCAUUUGUCAGUACUACCUGUCGUCGUUGUGGUUAAAUGUAGAGAGAACUGCUGGGCAAGAUGGUGAAUGGAGAAAAAAAAAAGAGUUUUAAAGAAAGGAACACAAAUUGUGCUUAAAAUCCCCAUGUGGGUUUUAUUUCUUAAAAUACUGUGAUUUUUUUAAUUAUUUUAGUAAAAAACAAAACAAAAAAAAGAAACAGACUUUAAUUAUUAGAUAACUGUUUGUGAAUUGUCAUCCUUUAUUCCAGGUAAGCUGUUUAUUAGUGUUCAACUAUAAUUUAGAAUUUGGUAGAUUCAUGUGAGCUAAUUUUAAGGUGAUUGUGGAGUUUUGUUUGCCACAUGUUUAUUUUCUAUCAAUUUGAGUGUUACAAACACAGCACAAUUCAGUUUUUCAUAUGAAUUGUUUUUCGUGUGUGUGUUGUUAUUGUUGUUUUAAUUUCCGGGCAAGGGAGAUUUAGUUUUUUGUGAAUAGGAAUGUUUUUAUUUUAAACAUGGAAAUAACAAAGAAGUUAACUUUCUUUUUUUUUUUUUUUUUAAUUUAACUAAAGAACCAAACUUUCGGCACAGCUAUGCAGCUUGUGGGCCAGACGAGGAGGUCCUCCUCACCCUUUUGUUGCCUGUCAAAUUCACGCAUUAUCCGUCUCAUAAAUAAUUUCUGUUAGGAUUGGCUGGCUUUUGUGUGUGAUUUUAAAAUCUGUGUUUUGUUUCUGCUGGCAUUGUGUUUUGCGGGGGGUUUUCAUUUAUUUAGGGGACGAGGGGAUGUACUAGAAUCCCAUCCCUUUGGUGAGAGUGGACAAGAAAUAACAUAUCCUACAAGGAGCCUGGAGAACUACUUUCUUUCUUUCUUUCUUUUUUUUUUUUUUUUAAAUCUAGCUGCCAGCUGCUCUGUCCCCCAUAUCAGCUUUUUCAGGAGGGAGCAGCUUAGACUAAAUCUAAGCCUACAUUUAUAAUAUGUUCUGAUUGUGAACAAAGGGUUUCGUUCCAAAAAAUAGAAAAGAACUUUUCUUGAAGCCUAGGUUUUAGAAGCCCGUGUGUGUGUGUGUGCGCGCUUGGAUGUGUGUGUGCGUGUAUGAGUGUGUGUGUGCGUGUGUGCACGUGUGAGUCCUUUGGUUUUCAUGUUUUGUUUUUUUUUUUUUACUUGGAAGGGUUGUGGGAGGGUGGGAGGGAAGAAAGGGAAGGGGAAUUGCUGAGAUGACAGUGUCCCACACAGCUUCAAAUAAAAUCCAUGGAAAGAUGUUGCAUUUGUGGAAUAAGUGCUUACUUGAAAAGCAUGUUCUUCUUUUAUUUUCUUACUGUUAAGAAUUUUUAUUUGUAGGAUGUUUGUUUUAAUUUAAUUUUUUUAAGGGAUGGGGGCCAUGAUGUGGAAACCAGAAAAUGGGGAAAGUGUGAACUAUCCAGACAAAGUUUCAUUUUGUGUCUAUAUUUGUUUUUAAUUGGCCUCAUUUCAAAUGUAUUAAACAGUUCCAUACCUGGAUUGGGUGUUUGUAAUGGUUACCAAAAAACAAACAAAAAAAGAAAGAAAAAGGAAAAAAAAAGAAAAUAAUUGUGACAUGCUUUUAUCACUACUUUAUUUUUCAAAUAACAUGUAAAUAUUGUAAUCCAUUGGAUUUUGUUUUGCUAACCUGUUAAUAAAAAUAUGGGACCAUUAUCCUUUUAACAAGGCUAGAAUGUCAUUUUUUUCUUUUUCAAACAUAUACCUGAUAUUUUGUGGCCGCACAUUUUGGAUGCAUUAUUAUAAUUCUGUUGACUGUAAUGACAUAGAAUUUACAACAUUUUUUGUUGUUGUUUAAUUUAUACAGAGGACAUUUUUUUCAGAGCUUGAGAGAAGAAAAUAAAUAGCAAAAUGAUAACCUAUUGACUCCAGUAAUCAGUGUUUCCCAAUACUUCAUAAAAGAUAGGGAGACCCUGAGUCCUUGAAGCCAAGGGUUUAAAAACAAAACAAAAACAAAAAAACAAAAAAAACCACAAGUAGGUUAUUCAAGUUGUUUGCAACAUACAUUUUGUAAUGAAAUGUGAGAAAUUAAUAAAGAAUUUUUUUCACAUGU